GUGAACUCCAACCUCAGCGACCAUCUCGACCAUCGACUCUUCCCACUAACCUUUCCACAGCAAUUGCAAUGGCCGAAGGCAAAGCUUCCAACCCCAUGCGGGAGCUCCGCAUCCAGAAAUUGGUUCUCAACAUCUCAGUCGGCGAGAGUGGUGAUCGUUUGACCCGAGCAGCCAAGGUGCUCGAACAGCUGAGCGGUCAGACUCCUGUCUAUAGCAAGGCCAGAUACACCGUCCGAACCUUCGGUAUCAGGAGGAACGAAAAGAUUGCCGUCCAUGUCACCAUUCGAGGCCCCAAGGCUGAGGAAAUUCUUGAGCGCGGCCUGAAGGUCAAGGAAUACGAAUUGCGCAAGCGCAACUUCAGCGAGUCUGGUAACUUCGGCUUCGGUAUCAGCGAGCACAUCGACUUGGGUAUCAAGUACGACCCAAGUAUUGGUAUCUACGGCAUGGACUUCUACUGCUGCAUGACCCGGCCUGGCGAGCGCGUUGCUAAGCGAAGGCGAUGCAAGAGCAAGAUCGGUGCCUCCCACCGCAUCAACCAGGUCGAGACUAUUAAGUGGUACAAGAACCGAUUCGAGGGUAUCGUCCGAUAAGUGUGUCGACUAGUGAUGGAGAAUGGUAUGGAAGUUUCAGCACAACAAACCAGCAUAUCCGGUCUCGGAGGGUGACCACGGAGUCCCGGUCUGUAACUACAAAAACGGGAAGCAAACUUGCGGCCUAUCAAUGGAGCUGACCUCUCUCUUCUGGAGCGAGCGUCUUCGAUCACAUUACAAUGGAGGCUUCACUUGGGUGAAUGU